AGACAAUAGUUUUUAUGACAUCAGUUCCGGUUUUGCCUUCUCUGAUAGCAACGACGAAAUGUAAAAAUUAAAUUUCGUUUAUUCUUCUUAUUCGAAGUAUGACGUGAUUAUUUUCUUAUGUAACGGUAAUAUUAUGGAGAUCAUUCUUCCCACCUAAGUAUGUGACAAGCGAUACGUUUGUCGUGUCUGUGGCAAAGCUACCUAUAAAGACAUAAAAAAAAAAAGAUGAAGAGAGGUGAUAGUGAGGUUGUCUCCACGUCGUCGGGUGCCUCCCGCAACUCCGGCUACCGCAGAGGCUCCACCUUCAACUUCAACUUAAACUUCAGCCUGCGACGCCUGUUCCGGUUCCGGUUCCGGUUCCGGCGUUCUCGCAAAUAUUCCAAGUCUCACGUCAGCCUCGACUCAGACUCAGGUCGCUCCGAGAUGAGCUUCAACAUCGCCAACGCCAAUACCAGCAGCCUGAGUCCAGACCAGUUGAACUUGUCGUCGAGUAUCACCCUGCACGUGCCCAAUCAGACCGCAUGCUACAUAACCCCCCAUCGACAGCCUCGUUCGAGGCAACCGAGCGGCAGUGUGGGGGGCGGAGGAGGGGCGCCCCGUGAGUGUCCCGUGUGCCUGGUCGAGCAGGAUGCCGACCAGUUUCCCGAGGUGAUGACCAACUGUGAUCACCGCACGUGCCGCGAUUGUCUCCAGCACUACCUGCAGAUCGAGAUAUCGGAGAGCCGCAUCAACGUCACGUGCACCGAGUGCCCCGAACGGCUGCACCCGAACGACGUGCACGCCAUCCUGGAUGACAGAGCCAUGAAGACCAAGUAUGAGGAGUUCAUGCUUCGUCGCGUACUCGCUACCGAUCCCGAUGUGAGGUGGUGUCCGGCACCAGACUGCGGAUUUGCUGUGAUAGCGGCCGGUUGUGCGGGAUGUCCCAAAUUGAAGUGCGAAAAACCUGGCUGUGAUACUUUCUUCUGCUACCAUUGUAAACAGCAGUGGCAUCCUAACCAGACUUGUAAUGCAGCUCGCGCAGAGCGGUUUCCACACAUGCGAUCGGGGUCGCUUAGUUACAGCGCCGAGUCAGGCUCACGUAGAGACGACAUCAAGCCGUGCCCGCGUUGCGGUGCUCUGUUCGUCAAGAUGAACGAUGGUUCUUGUAACCAUAUGUCCUGCGUGCUCUGUGGAGCGGAGUUCUGCUGGCUCUGUAUGAAGGAGAUUACAGACCUACAUUAUUUAAGUCCAUCGGGCUGCACGUUCUGGGGAAAGAAGCCAUGGAGCCGAAAGAAGAAAAUACUUUGGCAACUCGGAACGCUGGUUGGUGCUCCCGUCGGAAUCACCCUGGUCGCCAGCAUCGCAAUUCCCGCCAUGAUCAUCGGCAUUCCAGUCUGGGUUGGCAGAAAGAUUCACGCCCGCUACGAGGACAAGCCAUCGCGACACAGGCGCAACCUCGCAAUCACGGGUGGAGUUGUCGCUUCCAUUAUUGUCGCACCUGUCAUCGCUGGUCUCGCUGUCGGUAUUGGUGUGCCAAUUCUCCUUGCCUACGUCUAUGGAGUUGUCCCUGUGUCACUGUGCCGCAGCGGUGGUGGCUGUGGCAUCACGACAAACACCGGUGGUGUAAGGUUCGACUUCGAUGAAAACAUCAACAGCAAUCAGCCAUGCCGAUCUCCGUACAGAGCUGCAGACAGUCAGAGCGUGGACACCACUCACAACGUUGCCAACCCCAGCAUUGCUCCGAGCAUCGGCGAUGCAUCUCUGGCUAUGACCAACAGUCUGAGUGCCAGCGGAAGCCACAUGGACCGGGUAGGGGUCCUACGUGACGAGAGCGACCGCGACUCCUCCAGUAACCGCGCCAUCGCCAGUUCAAGUCUCAAUGGCAGUCUCUGUGGCAGUACAUACGCCGCAGUCGUUGGAUAUCAAAACAAACUUGAAGUGCAGGCCGAUGUGUCAACAAGUGCCUCGUUGCACGUGCGAGAUAGCUGCAGCAAUGAGUCGGCCAACAUUAGCCUGAGUGAUCACUCGACAACUGUUUCCUAUGGCGACAACUGCAGCACAAGGGCUCUUGCUGGAUCAAUCCUUAGUGUGAAGCAUCAAGUUCCGGCUGCUGAGUCAUCGAGUAUCUCGUUGCUCUCGCGCGAUAGCUUCAGUACUGAGUCGGCCAACGUUAGCAUAACAGAACAUUUGGGAUCUGUGUUCUACACUGACGAUUGUUCCACAAAGGCUACUGCUGGCUCAAUCCUCAGUUUCAAGCAUCAAGUUCCGGCUGGUGUCCCAUCGAAUAUCUCAUUGAUCUCGCGCGAUAGCUUCAGCACUGAGUUGGCCAACAUUAGCAUAACUGAACACUUGGGAUCCGUGUCCUACAGUGACGAUUGUUCCACAAGGGGUACUGCUGGCUCAAUCCUCAGUUUCGAGCAUCAAGUUCCGGCUGGUGUCCCAUCAAAUAUCUCAUUGAUCUCGCGUGAUAGCUUCAGCACUAAGUCGGCCAACGUUAGCAUAACUGAACACUUGGGAUCCGUGUCCUACAGUGACGAUUGUUCCACAAGGAGUAUUGCUGGCUCAAUCCUCAGUUUCGAGCAUGAUGUUCAGGCCGAUGUGUCGACAACAAACGUCUCCUUGCACGUGCGAGAUAGCUUCAGCAAUGAGUCGGCCAACACUAGCCUGGGUGAACGCUUGACAGCUGUUUCCUGUGGCGACAACUGUAGCACAAGGGCUCUUGCUGGCUCGAUGCUUAGUUUCGAAGAAGAUCAACACGGUGUCCUCGAAAGCAUUUCAACAGCCGGGACUUGGACGAAAUCGGGUUCCAUCAAGGAGGAUACCUCAUCCCGAGCCAGCCGUCCCUCGAGCUCCCCUCCACUCCCAUUGCCAGCAACGAUCUCGACGAUGUCAUGGCACAGAACUGCAAACAGUGCGACGUACCGAUGGAGGGAGACGCAAGCGACACCAGUAUGUUCGAAUGUCUCGAGAAAACAACAAGUCUGUGCAUGUGCCCUGAGAAAAGCAUGUCGCUCUUCCUGA